AUGGAAAUAUGGUUAUGUAUAACAUGUCUUGCAGAUUGCAUGGACCCAGAUGGUUCUAGUUCUAGAAAUGGGUGACUUUAGCAUAAUUGGUGUCAAGCCAGGGAUAAGUUAUUGGAUGCAACUUAAAAACUCAACAGGAAAUGUGAAAAUAUUCUUUAGAGUCAGCCAGGAUCAGUGAACUUAAUGUAUGGAGAUUUUUGAUGGAGGGUUUUUUAGGUUGAAGAUGAGUGUGAAAAAUAAUGAUGAUGAAUGGGAAAGUGAAACUCAAAUGAAUCUGAGAAAGAUGGCAAUUCUUAAAGUACCCAACUCAGGACUCCAGGAAAUGAAUCUUAUUAUGUGAUAGUUAGCAGUGGGUACAAGUCAUGGCUGUCGUAACUUAUUUCAUUCAAAUAUAUGGCAUAAAAAUCCUAAUUUCUGGACAAAAAUGGCACCUGGUGAAGUUAUCACCUACCUUAAGUAGUAAGUGUAUUUAGUUUUUUGAGUCAUAGAACUGCAUUGUUGAAUGUCCCCUUCUGGAAAGGAUAUGGUGCUUGCUUACCAUUUUUCAAUUUGAAGAAGACAGAUGGAUAAAGGAAGAAUUAGAAAUUGAAUUAGUAGUUUGGCUUUCCCAUGUUAUUAAAAGAUCAGGAAUUUCCAACUCUAUUGGACUAAACUUGUAUGGAUUGUGCGGAUUUAUUUAUUUAUUUUUAUUUAUUUAUUUUUUUUGUAUAUGAACACUCACACUUCUGAUUUAUCUUUUUAUUUUCAGCUAUAUGAUGUAGUGCGCAAGGAAAUAUGGUACCGACCUGACAUGUACUUUUACAGGGACAUGCUAAUGAUGCUUGCUAGAAACAGAAAGGUAGAUGAAGCAAAGCUGGUUUGGCAAGAUUUGAAGAGAGAGGAAGUUUUGUUUGAUCAACAUACCUUUGGAGACCUUGUUCGAGCCUUCUUGGAUAGUGGACUACUUUCAGAGGCAAUGGACAUAUAUGAUGAAAUGAGGCAAUCACCAGAUCCCCCAUUAUCUCUGCCCUUUCGUGUAAUCUUGAAAGGGCUCCUCCCAUAUCCAGAAUUGAGAGAGAAGGUCAAAGACGAUUUUUUGGAGCUUUUCCCUGACAUGAUUGUGUAUGAUCCACCAGAGGACUUGUUUGAGGAUGAAGAUAGAGGAAAAGAUAGUGAAGAUGAGUAGAAAUUGAUGAUAAUGCAAUAUUCUUUGCUUAUUGGAGUUGAUGAUUUUCCUUGGAUGAGCAGUUUCGCUGUAAAGAGGUUAAGGUAUAGAUUCUAUUAAU